AUGCCGACCCCGAGUGACAACACACCACGCCUGGAUGCCACAUCAAUCCUGGAUGACAUUUCUGCUCGCACCACCUGUCCACCCGAGUUAGAGAGGCCAUCGUUGUGGCGAGAGUCACCCGAAUCUUCUCCGACCGCGGAGGGCGAGACUCCUGAUAAUGCGCUCUCCCGGGCCAUUGCAUCCGCGCAGUCUGCGCUGAUCCGCUCGGACGAUGCUAUCGCCCACACGGUCUCGGACCCGUUAAACACCCCGGGCGCACCCAUGAAGGACUCUGCCAAACCCGACGACGAGCCCGUUGCCGGCAGAUUGAGCCCUACCGGCGACCAGUCACGUUCCACCAACACUCCCUCCAGUGCCUCCCUUUUAAGUUACGAAUUUUCCAACAUACGUCUUCUUCCGAAUUACACCUCUUCCUUUCUGCGCCCGGGGAGCAAAUUCACAGGUACCCAGCAGUCGGACCGCCAGAUCUACAACGUCGAUGUCGAGAUCAAACAUGUGGACAUGGUUGAGUCCUACCUCUGCGGAUACUUGCGCAUUCAAGGCCUCACGGAAGAUCACCCCACUUUGACGACCUUUUUCGAAGGAGAGAUCAUCGGCACCAAACACACCUUUAAGACCCGGAAUGAAGCAUGGGGAGCUACGGAGAAGACCGAUAUGCACCAUUGGGCAAGAUUUCCUGCGUGGCGACCGCUGGCCAAGCAGGCGAAGAGGCCUGAUUUCACCUACCGGAACUUUGCCCAGCGGGAGCAUAUUUUUAUGCGAUGGAAAGAAUACUUCCUCGUCCCUGACCAUCGGGUGAGGUCUAUCUCGGGCGCCAGCUUCGAGGGAUUCUACUACAUCUGCUUCAACCAGGUAGCGGGAGAUGUAACCGGGAUUUACUUCCACGCGAAGAGCGAGAAGUAUCAACAGUUGGAAUUGAAACAUGUCGAGGAUCACGGCUGCACUCCUGCGAUUGAGUUCCGCUGA